AUGGCUUCAAAUCCUCCAUUUAUGGUGGAGGAUCAAACAGAUGAAGAUUUCUUUGAUAAAUUGGUGAAUGAUGAUGAUGAUGACAUUGAUUUUAAGGUAACUGCACCAGUGUCGGUUGAUGGGAAUGAAUCUGAUGAGGUUAAAGCAUUUGCUAAUCUUAGUAUUAGUGAUAAUGUUAUUGAUAAUGCUGGAUUGGAAAAUUUAGGUGGAGUUAAAAAGGAAGGAACUUGGGAUGAUAAAACAGUUGAUAGUGAUGUGAAACCGCCUUUGGCGAUGAAGGGAGGGGAUAGAGAGAAGAGUAGUGGUUCCUUAGUGUCAUUGACUUCGGGCGGAUUAGAUAGUUUGCUUGAGUCGAGCAAUGGUGAUUUGGAGACUGAUGUAACUACUGAUUUGUCGGAAAGUCAUACUAGCGGAUCCGUUAAUCCUGACGUAAAGGAGGAGGAGGAAAAUCACGCUAGUGGAUCCGCCAAUCCAGGUGUAAAGGAGGUUGACUGGAGUGUGUUUCAUUCUAAUCCAGCUACAGAUGGUGAUACAGAGGUUUUUGGAUCUUACUCUGACUUUUUCAGUGAAUUGGGGAAUAAUAAUAAUACUGGAGUUGUUAUUGGAAACACAGGGGAGAAUCAAAAUGUGGGGUCAAAUGUUGUAUCAGCUGAUCAAGUUAAUGAUUCCGCGAAUUUCGACAGUUCUAGUUCCUACAUGCAGCAGAAUCAAGAUGGUUUUGGCUAUAAUGCGACUACGGAACAAGUUGCAGGCGGGGAAGAUCAAAAUAACAGUCAAUAUUGGGAGAAUCUUUAUCCAGGAUGGAAGUUUGAUGUAAAUACUGGGCAGUGGUAUCAGGUCUCUAGUUAUGACUCAACAGCCAAUGUACAAGAUAAUUCUGCUGCUGACUGGACUGUUUCUGAUGGAAAGUCAGAAGUCUCUUACUUACAGCAAGCUUCUCAGUCUGUUGCUGGGACUGUAGCCGAGAGCGGGACCACUGAAAGUGUCAAUAAUUGGAAUCAGGUUCACCAGGUAAGUGAUGCGACUGAGAAUGCAGCGAAUUGGAACCACCAAGUUUCUCAGGCAAGUGAUGCGAACGGGGUAGUGACAGGCUGGAAUCAGGUGUCUCAGUCGAGUGAUGGAGGUGGGGUUACGACUGAGUGGAAUCAAGCUUCAGAAGUAAACAAUGGAUACCCUUCGCAUAUGGUUUUUGAUCCUCAAUACCCCGGUUGGUACUAUGAUACCACUGCCAUGGAGUGGCGCUCUCUCGACACGUAUACUUCAUCUACUCAAUCAACUAUUCAAGGUGAGAGCCAGCAGAAUCAGAAUGGUUGGGUAUCAUCUGAAGAUUUUUCUCCCAAUCACGAUCAAAGUUUUUAUGGUGCAUAUGGGCAGAAUGAGAAUAGUAGAUCCAUAGUAUUUGGCAGUGGAGGGCAUGAUUACAAUGGGUCUUUUGGUAAAUACAAUCAGCAAAACUCAAAUGUGUGGCAAACUGAAAAUGUUGCCAAGAGUGAGCCUGUGUCAGAAUAUAGGGGGAACCAGCCAUUGGAGAAUCACUACAGCCAAGAGAUUUCUGCUAGCAGCCAUGUUAAUCCGCAAAUGUCUAAUCAGUAUGAGGGAACAGUUUCAUACCAUGGGAAAUCAAAUCAAACUCAAGGUAAUUUCUCAGCAAUAGCUGGGUCACAGGGCUUUAAUCAGCAAUUUACUCAGCCGACAAUGCAGCAAAACGAGCAGAAGCAUCUCUCAAGUGAUUAUUACGGAAGUCAAAACACAGUCAAUUAUUCCCCACAAGCAUUUCAGAACACCCAGCAAUAUCCUUAUGCUCCUACCACAGGAAGAUCAUCUGCUGGACGUCCUCCUCAUGCUUUGGUCACCUUUGGUUUUGGUGGAAAGCUGAUCGUGAUGAAAGAUAAUUGCUCUUAUGAUAGCUCAUCCUUUGGCAGCCAGAAUCCCGUUGGAGGUUCAAUAUCUGUGCUUAACUUGAUGGAUGUGAUGUCAGAGAGAAUCGACAGUUCAAGCCUUGCAACUGGGGCAUGUGAUUAUAUCCAAACUCUCUGCCGAAAUCCAUUCCCUGGUCCUUUGGUUGGUGGAAAUGCUGGUAUUAAGGAGUUGAAUAAAUGGAUUGACGAGAGGAUUGCAAACCCUUUAUUCCCUGACGUGGAUUACAGGAAAGGGGAAGUUUUGAGGUUGCUUCUGACAUUGCUGAAAAUAGCAUGUCAAUACUAUGGGAAACUUCGAUCCCCAUUUGGUACUGAUACUUUGUUGAAGGAAAGAGGUCAACAUUUUGGACAUACUAAACAGAAAGUCAGCAAACAAAUGCGGAACAAGAGAGAAAUAACAAAGAAAUAUUUCUUUAGGCCUUCAGCUCUACUCUUUGAGCAAAAUUGUGAAGCAGGCUGCAUAUGUGCUGGGAAAGAAGAGCUUAGGGGACAAAUUGUUGCGAGACAAAGCGAAGAUGCUCCAGAAACAGCAGUUGCCAAAUUGUUUGCAUCUCUGAAGCUGAAUGGUACACAAUUCAGCCAAUAUGGCACUGUUUCCCAGUGCUUGCAGCAAUUGCCUUCUGAAGGACAGUUGCGGACUACUGCUGCUGAAGUUCAAAGUCUUCUAGUUUCUGGAAGAAAGAAAGAAGCAUUGCAAUGUGCACAAGAGGGUCAGUUAUGGGGUCCAGCUCUUGUUCUCGCUGCACAGCUUGGUGAUCAGUUUUAUGUCGAAACUGUGAAGCAAAUGGCACUCCGGCAAUUAACAGCAGGAUCACCUUUGCGGACACUCUGCCUACUAAUUGCAGGUCAACCAGCUGAUGUCUUUAAUCCAGAAUCUGCAGCUCCAAGUGGCAUGCCCAUUGCCGCAAAUGUCGCUCAACAGCCUGCUCAGUUUGGUGCUAAUGUCAUGCUUGACGAUUGGGAGGAGAAUUUGGCUGUGAUCACUGCAAAUAGAACAAAGGAUGAUGAAUUGGUGCUUGUUCAUCUUGGUGAUUGUUUGUGGAAAGAGAGAAGUGAUAUUGUUGCUGCACACAUUUGUUAUCUGGUGGCAGAAGCAAACAUUGAACCAUAUUCAGACAGUGCAAGAUUGUGUCUUGUCGGCGCUGAUCACUGGAAAUUCCCCCGAACUUAUGCUAGUCCAGAAGCUAUUCAGAGGACUGAGAUAUAUGAAUACUCAAAGGUGCUUGGAAACUCUCAAUUUAUUCUUCCUCCUUUUCAACCUUACAAGCUUGUAUAUGCACACAUGUUGGCUGAAGUUGGGAGAACACCAGAUGCAUUGAAGUACUGUCAAGCAUUAUCUAAAUCGCUUAAGACUGGCCGAGCUCCUGAGAUAGAAACAUUGAGACAAUUAGUGUC